AUGAACAAAUACUAUAUUGAUAAUGGUGAAAAACAAUUUUAAUAAUCAAAUAGAGAGGUCUUGAAAACAUUAGACAUAAAUAAUAGAUCAGAGGCAUCUUUAAAAACCUCAGUUGUUUCAUUUGCAUGUGAUAGAGAUAACAAAUAUGAGAUUGAAGAUUACAGAACUUAAUUAGAAGAAUAAUUGGCAGAAAAUAUUGAAUUGAAAAGAAUGUUAAUGGAUGAGAUUGAGAAAAAUAAAAGGAUAUCUGAUAUCGAUAAAUCCUCUUAAUUUUUAGAAUAAUAAGAUAAAUUUGCAUAAAUUCUUAAUAAAAAGGAUAAUGAAAUAAUGAAUUUGAAUAAAUUAAUAAGACAAUUAGAAAUUGAAGUAUAUACUUAUUAUAUUUCUAAAGAAUAAAUUAUUACAUAAAGACGAUUAAUUAGAAUCUUCAAGAAGAAUGGAAAAAGAAAAGUUAUUGGAAAAAAGAAUAACAGAAUAUGAAUAAAAAAUAAAUUUAAUUUUAGUAGAGAAUUCAAAGUUGAAUUAAGUAUUUAUAACCUUACAAAUAGAUUUUAUAAGAAAGAAUAUCUUAAAUAGAAAAGAUGAAAUAUUCAGUGGAUUAAUUAGAAAGAGAAAAAGUAUAGAUAGCUGAAAAAUAUGAAAUACUGAUUGCAGAAGCAAAUAACCUAUCAUCAAGAGAAAAAUGUACAAUCGAGAAAUGUUUAAAUGCAUAAAAGUAUUUAAAUAAUAUUAUAGUAUUAGAAAUGAAUUUUAGAAAUAAUUAAAUAUUUUAAAUACUUAAAAUAAUCAAAUGACCAAUAUAUUAAAUUAAUAGAAAAAUUAGAUUGAAUAAUUGGAAUUAUAAUUAGAAGAGAAUUAAGGGUAAAUAGAGACGAUAAAAUAAGGUUAUGAAGAGUAAAUAUAAGAAAAAGAUAAGAUAAUUAUGCAGAGAGAAAAAGAGAGUUAAGAAUUAAUGGUUAAAUUUAAUGAAUUGGAAAAGAAAUUAGUUUAAUAAAAUUAAUAAAUAACUAUAUUAGAGCAAUAAUUAUAAACAAAUAAUGAAUAAGUUGUAAUAGAGGAAAUGUAGAAGUAUUUUGAAGAAUAAUAUGAUUUCAAAGAAAAAGAACUUGAAGGACAACAUUAAAAAGAGAUAUAAAAUUUGAUGAAUUAAUUAAGUGAGAAUCAAAAUUUUAUUGAAGAAUUAUAAAAUCAUUUAACUGAAAUACAUAAAUAAAUUACAAAAUUUAAAUAAGAAAAAUAAAGUUUAAGAUAAUAAAAUUAAGAAUUAUAAUAAUAAGUAAAAUAAUUAACUUAAGAAAUAUAAUAAAAAUAAGAUCUUACAUAUUCUUAGGAUUAUAUGUUACCUUAAUUUAAUAUAUCUUGUUAGAGUGCAUUUACUGAUUAAUCUUUGUGUGAAGACAGAGAAAGACUUAGCAAAUAAAGUCGAUAAUUAAAUAAAAGCAAAGAUACUAUUUAAUAAAAUAAAGAAAAUCAUGAAAAAAGAGAUAUGAAAUCAAAUUAAUGCAUAAAUUAAUUAAAAUAAUAGUCUCAAUAAAAUGCAUCUUAUAAAGCAUAAUUCUAAUAAAAAGUAAAAAAAAGUAAUCCUCCAAAUAAGGAUACAUAUGCUCUCGAUUCUUUUGGAAAUAAAGAUAGAUCAAUUUCAUGUUUAGAUAUGAUUAAUAAAGGAAUUAAAUUUAGAGAAUCUUCUGAUGAAGAAGAUUAAUCACCUAUAGCAUAGUUUAAAUAGUGGAAAUAAUAAAUGACUGUUCGUUAAUGA